UCCCCGGCGGCGCGACACCCGCUGCCCCGCCGAGCGGCUGUGCCUGCGCCGCCCCGACAUGGAGCAGGGACCGGCGGGGGGAUCCGGCCCCGCCGCCGGUACCGGGGGUCUGCUCCUGCCCCUGAGCGAGACCGAGCAGCAGCGCUACUCCGAGCUCUUCUCGCGGUGCUGCCCGCCCCCCGAGGCGGCCGCCGGGGGCAGCAGCGUGGGCGAGCUGUUCCGGGCCUCGCAGCUGCCCCCGGACACGCUGCACCAGAUUACAGAAGUUUGUGGAGCCAAGCGUGUGGGUUAUUUUGGUCCUGCUCAGUUUUAUAUUGCUUUGAAGUUAAUUGCAGCAGCACAGUCAGGGUUUCCAGUACGGAUUGAGAGCAUUAAGAAUGAAUUGCCUCUACCACGAUUUAUGGCACUGAAAAAUGACACUGAAGUACGUUAUGGGACUCCAGCAGAAUUCCAUGGAGUUAAAUUUCAGGUUCCACAUGCAACUUUGGAAAAAAAUUCCUACAAAAGAACAGAUGAAGGGGACAAACAGGAACCCAAGUCUCCUCCGAUGUCUCCAAUUUGCUCACCUCCUUCUUCUCCAUCUACUUACCAGAGAAUACCGCUAAAUUAUGGAUAUGGUAAAGCAAGAGGUGGGCUGGAACAGCAGCAUGGAGCUCCUUAUGAAGUCAGACACUCUACUCACCAGCAAGAUGGACCAUCUUCAGGGAGUUAUGGAGCCAAAUCUGCACUCACCUGUUCAACUCCUAACCGGUCUCUUUCAGUGGAGCGGGAGCAGCAGGACAGCAGCACCCAGUACUCAGAUGACCCUUGGAGGAUAACAGAGGAGCAGCGAGAUUACUACAUUAACCAGUUCAGGUCCCUGCAGCCCGACCUCAACGCCUUUAUUUCCGGUUCCAUAGCAAAGAAUUUCUUCACAAAAUCCAAGCUUCCCAUCCCGGAACUUUCUCACAUCUGGGAGCUGAGUGAUGUGGAUUGUGAUGGGGCAUUGACACUCCCGGAGUUCUGUGCUGCUUUCCACCUUGUGGUUGCGAGGAAGAAUGGCUACCAGCUGCCUGAGACACUGCCAGAGACGCUGCUGCCCGAGUACCUUCAAGCAGCUUGUUUGAAGCCCAUACGUGACUGUGCACUAUUUGAUUCUUACUCUGAGCCAUUGCCAAGCAGCCAGCAGACCCGGGACUUCAGUCGGACAGAGAAGUCAUCAGCUGAAGAGGUACCUGAUAACUCUGCCCUGUUACAAGAUGGAAAGAAAGAUGACAAACAAGCUCUUAAAGUAAGCACUACUCUCAAAACUAUACCAAAGGAAUUUCAGCACUUGACUGUGAAAGCAGCUGCUCAAGAACCUAAUGCACUCAGAGCCAGACCACGAUCCAGGUCUUAUUCUAGCACAUCAAUAGAAGAUGCCAUGAAAAAGGGAGAAGAGCCCCCUACUCCACCUCCAAGGCCACAAAAAUCACAUUCCAGAGCUUCCUCACUGGAUCUGAACAAAAUAUUUCAGCAAAGCACACAAGCUGUGAGGUCUGGCUGGCUGCCCCCACCGCCACCUGCACUGCCCCCUCGACCUUCUGUGUCUCAGACAGAGCAACCAUCUGAGGUUGAAUUACACCCUCAGAUGAACAGACCCCCAUCGCAGGCAGAAGAAAACAGUUCAGCAAAAAAGGAGGUUGUUCUUGCUCAACCACCCUCCAAACCUGCCCGCAGGAAGCUCCGGACAGAGGCACAAGGGCUGGAGACCCCUGAGCUUUCUCCCACUAUAAAUGUGACUUCAUCCCUGCCAGCAGUCAAGCCUCACCUCCCAGUCCAAAAACAGUCUUCCAAGCAGAAAAGGGCUAUUCAGACCGCUAUACGAAAAAACAAAGAAGCCAAUGCUGUGCUUGCCAGGUUGAACAGUGAGCUCCAGCAGCAGCUGAAGGAGGUUCACAAGGAACGCAUUGCCUUGGAAACACAGCUGGAGCAGCUACGUCCUGUCACCGUCUUGUGACUGUCCACAUGGCCGUGCACGAGCAGAGCGGUGUCCAGCAGCCUUGCAAGGAGAGUUCUGUGCAGCUGAGCAGGGUCUCUGCCAAGGCAGUGAGGAGGACUGGCCUUGCUGGGUCUCUCUUCACCCCAUUUAUGCACAUUUUGCCUUUGCAGGUGAGGAAGGUACAGAAACCAAAUACCUGACUAUGGAAUAUUUCUGAGUGGGGGAUGCUUUGCCUUUUUUCCUCCCCCUUCCUAGCCUAAUGUGUAAAUGCAGUUUAUCACUGAAAUGAAUAACCUGAGAGUAUUUUAUUUAUGUAAAGAAUUCCUGAUUUAUAUGUGUUUUGGCAGCACCUCCUGCCCCAAUCAUUAAGAGGUACAGAGUUCUUGCUUAAGUGGAAAACUCAUCUUCUGAGAUGUGCUUCUGGAUGUUACUGAUUCCUGUAGGAUUGUAUCAUUGUAGAGUACCUGUGGAUUUAACAUACCAUAGGAAUAGAACUUGCAAGAUGUACAGAAUCUUUAUCCUUAAUCACAUGUCAAAUAAUUAUUUUCUUAGUACAGUUUAUUAUGCAAUCACGGAUGUAUUUUAAUGUUAGAGAACUUGUAUUUUAUUAGUUCAAGUCAUAUAAGAGAACAGUAAAAAAUACUAAAAUAUAAUUAUUUUGGAAAUUAGGAAAAAAAUCUUUUUGAGCUACAGCUGUUUCUAAUCACCAGUAUUUGAGCACUUGCUUGCAACUACCAGUGUCUCUGCAUUCUUUUAGCAUGUUUGAGAUGACUGGUGUAUAGCUUUUUUCUUUUCUUUUUCUUCUUUAACCAGUAGUGUAUUUCUAACAAGAGGUUAAAAAUGCAUUCAGGGCAUUUUUAUGAAACCUAUUCUAUGUACAUUCUUAUUAGUCUGCUUUGUUGUCUUAAUAGCUGCUGAUAUGUUUUAAGGAUGUGUACAAGAAUUGUACUUCCAGAAGAGGGAAGAUAGCAGUAGUGCUAUGUAUGAGGCUAUAAAAUAUGAGAUGGAAGUAAUUGCCUUUUACAGCAGGCUUUUUUUAAGGUUCCUUUGCACAUCAGUGGAGAUGCUACUGGUAGGAGAAAGCUGCUAAUGCCCAACUAUUUUCUAAAUGAGGAAGCAAAGAUUAAUCUUUAACCUGCAUUUGAUCCAUGGAUGCAGUGGUUGGUGGCUUUGCUCUCAGUUCUUACAGUGGAAGCUGGUUAAUGAAUGUUGCUAUGUUUCUUGGGGCAACACUCUUGGACUGGGUGACUUCAGACAUAAAGAUGUCAACCCUGCUCCCACCAUGGCUAUGGUGUGCUUUACUGGAAGGGAAUGUCACCUACCUGUUGUCCAGCUUAAACACGACCCUGCACGUGUCUCACUGCCCUGAUUUAAGUGUAUGUGGUCGCCUUGCAGAAACAGUGCAGUGAUUUUGUCACCCUUGUGGGUGUGAUGCUUGCUCCCUGUAGCUGUAGGACGGUCCUGAGGCCGAGAGGGAGGAGAAGCAGGUUUGAAUCAGCUGGGUAACCUCUCCUUGAGGCAUGGUGGAAUGGCUGCCGUGGCAUAUCAGAGGGCAUCAGAGCAGCCAAAAGUUGAGAGAUAGGAAAGGCAUCACUGGGAGUCCUUAAAGUGGUAAGGAAACAAUCUACUUUUGCUGAAAGGAAUGUGGAAGGGGGAUGUGAAUCCAGAAGUCUGCAGGUGAAAAUAAGCAUUUGCAGAAUUGUUACUUAAAGUCUGUUUUUGUAAUGCACUGUUUUUGAUUCAACUAAAGAUCACUGUGCCAACAAGCAACAACUGUUCUUCUGGAUUUGGGACUUAUGUGACUGUUGUAUAGCUGAGGUCAGUCAGGUGGUCAUUCCUGAUCAGUGACAAAAUGCGAGGAAUGCAAGCUUUUCUGAGAAUCUGCAAAAGAGCCUCCGCCCUCUUGCUAAUGGUGGUAUUGCUGAGAAUUUAUCAUCAUUUAUUUCAUUGGUUCAUAAUACUGCUGAGUCAUUCCUGAGAUUUAAUGAGGUUAAGUGGUCGCCCUGUUUGCUUUUUAGUUCAUACAUUGUUAUUUGGUUAAUAAGCCCUUACUAUUUCAUAGGAAAUAAUCAUAUGGCACACUUAUUUUUUCUUUAAUGGGUGAUUUUUUUAAGGAAGGCUUUUAAAUGAUUACAAGGAAGUGUGCAUGUUACAUUUUUAAGGCAGUGAAGGACUUUUUCAUGUUUGAUAGGAGCUUCCUUUGAAAUAAUCUCUCAUUUCUUUCACCUGAGUUAUUCAUGGAAUAUAUGCUGUUCAAGGGAAGAGUGGAAGAGUCUGCUUUAUACUGUUGUUUUCAAAUGUCUCCCUUCUAAGAUCCAGGAGGAUUUUUCAUUUACUGGAAAUUAUGAUACUUGCUUAGCCAACAAUUGAAUACUUGCUUGGCUGUUACUUUACCACUGGAUUAAUAAAUAAAAGUAUCUAACAAUCUCUGCAUUUUUAGCAUUGCAAUCAAAUGCCUUCAAUGACUAGAAUGUGAGUUGAUUUGUAUUGUUUUUGGUGAAAUGUCAGCCAUGAUGAUGAUACACCACACAUUGGUAAAAUGAAAUAUCAAGGAGAGGUGUCGAUCUGUUAUACAUAUGAUGCAGGAGGUUACUCUUCUGUGUGUCUCAAUGGAUAAGCAUUUAUGAUAGCCCACACAAAAUGAAAAAAAUGUGUCUGUUCUUGGGAAGCUGUUAGCAUUUUGAGGAGAGGAGAAGGCAUCAUGAAGCAGACCGUGCUUCUGUCAGUUGCUCCAUGCAGCCAUGCUCAUGGCUACUGUUAACAGGCCCUGGCUGCUCCACAUUCACAUCUAAAGCCAGUAUUACAGAUUUUCUUCAAAACUACCUUUUCUUUAGAAAAAUGUGGGUGGAGCAAAAUCAUCAUUUCUUGCAGAACUUUCUUAAACUUUGGAUGGGAGAUGCUCCUACAGCUAAAAGCAUUUGGUCAGAAAGGGAGACGUCACAGUCUUAAUGUUCAGAGUACUUUCUUGACCUACAGGUGAGUGAUCAGCUUUAAGCCCCUGACAUCCCUGACCCAGAACAGCAACUAAGGUCUGCCUGCCCCAGCUGCCAGCCUGAUGAAGGAGUGGGAUCACAUUCCCAUGCAUGAGCUCCCACUGUCCUCAGUUUGUGGUUUCUGUGGGUACUUGAGCGGAGCACAAUAUGCUCAGUAAGAGAGGAUAAAUGGGAACAGGUGCACAGCAUCUUUGCAUCUGACAGGAUGUGCUGGCCAUGAGCCAUCAAGUCUGCAGUGGGCAAAUAAAUAUUGUUGUCUGCAGGACAGGGCUAGGCAGAGCAGAUAAGGAUCUUCCUCAGUGUGUGUCUAAGUGUGCACUCGUGUAUUCCUUUUGUUCAUGCAUUUCCUUAUUGGGUCUGUUAACUUUCAUAUCACCUGAUACCUGUAUUUGUUUCAAUCUAUGGUAAUUCCACGGUGAAAAAUGAAAAAUGCCAGCUAAGUGUAGUGACUGAUUGCCUUUGUAGAUAAGCCAUUUUUAUUUGAGCCUUCCAAAAUAAAUACUGACCUGGUAAUUAAGCAAGGCAAACAGUUUCCAUUUCUGAGGCAUUCUUUUAUUAAACAAACUACCUGUGAACACACAUUAAUUCUUAAGGAUCAAUGUCCUUCUCCUAGUUAUUAAUAUUAUACUAGGGUGCGGUGGAAACAUUACCAGCUCUAUCCAGAAAGUCCUCAGUUCUCCCUUCCAGAGAGUUAUGGUGAUGUAACAAAAGUGUGUUUAGUCAAGGCAGCCUUGUUACUAGUACAUAGUUGGAUAUCCUGUCAAAGUCAAAAUAUUAUCUUCAGACUGCAUGGCAGUAGUUUUCCUGAUGGAAAUUCCAUAUCCACGUCAGGGAAUUUGUUUGGCUAUCAUCCAGACAGCUCCUGCUUGACAGAUGAUCAGGGGGCUGGAGCACCUCUCCUAUGAAGACAGGCUGAGUUCAGGUUGUUCAGCCUGGAGAAGAGAAGUCUCUGGAGAGACCCUGUAGCACCUUUCAGUACUUAAAGAGGCUACAGGAGAGCCAGAGAGGGACUUUUUAUAAGAGCAUGUAGUGAUAGGACAGGGGGGAAUGGUUUCAAACUGAAAGAAGGUGGGUUUGGAUUAGAUAUAAGGAAGAAACUCUUGACCGUGAAGGUGGUGAGACACUGGAAGAGGUUGCCAGAGGAAUUGUGGCUGCCCCAUCCCUUGAAGUGUUCAGGGCCAGGUUGGAUGGGCCUUUGAGCAACCUGAAUAGUGAAAGGUGUCCCUGUCCACAGCAAGGGAGGUUGGAACUAGGUGAUCUUUAUGGUCCCUUCAAAUCCAAACCAGUCUCUGAUUCUACAACACUGCCAAGGCUAGCCAGCAUAGGGUGAUGAGGGUGUGCAUGGUAAAAUGACCACAAAGAGAUGGCUGGGAUUUGGAAACCUUCACAGGAAGCAUUUAGGAUGGGCAUAAUGUGAAAGUUGCCUGUUGGUGAUGCAUAGGUUGCUUUCCUCCCAGCUGAGCUUCCAAACCAGGAGGAAGAAAUCCUGUUAAAGUUGCUAUCUGGGAAAUGAGGGAUGUCUAUUUUCCAUCAGCCUUUCAGUCUUCAGGAUACAGUCCUUGAUAAGAAAAUACAUGAGUUCGUGAAGCAACAUAUUUUAUUGACUAAAGAGUAAAGUAUUUUUUUCAGGAAAAAAAGUAAAUCUUAGUGAUUUAGUAUCUUUGAAAAGAGAUGAUGUAUUUUGAAGCUUUUUUCAGCUAUCUUGAUAUGUGCUAUGAACAUAUGCAUUAUGUUUUACUCUGUUACUGAUUUUUUGAUAUAAAAAAGUUGUAUUGCAAGUGUUAUGGUUGUUAAUCUAAAAAAAUACCCCAAGGCUAUUAUAUAUUUGAAUUUUAACUUAUAAAUUAGAUAGCCAGAUUUAAGUAAUUUGUUUUCACAGCUGCAGACUGUCCCCGUGGUAAGCUGUGAAAUGUAUAGUGUUCUAUACUAUGCCCAUCUAAUUUUGGAAAAUGUAUGUGAUAUGAAGCUGGGUGCUACAUUAAAAUAAAAGUGUCCAAUG